CACGCCAUGGAGAAGACACAGAGGGCCACACAUCGGGGAGAGCCCAUUAAAUUGACAGAAGUAAAUAUGACACCUAUUUUGGUGGCAUUAAUUGUGGGCUUUAUUGCCGUGGCAUUGUUCGUCAUUUUCCGCAAGAAAACCUCAGCCAGACGUGAUAUCCUGUUGAGCGGCAUCAGUGAGGCUGGUAAAAGUGCAUUAUUUAUGCAAGUUCUAUAUAAUCAAUUCCCCGAGACUUUCACCUCGAUGUCGGAAAAUGUGGGCACCUACAAAAAGGGCAACUUAAGCAGUAGAAUAAUUGAUAUUCCUGGUCAUUAUAGAGUACGUGAUAAAUCGUUUGAAAAGUACAAGCGUACAGCUAAAGGUAUUGCCUUUGUUGUGGAUUCAGUGACAGUACAAAAAGAAAUACGUGAUGUGGCCGAUGCCCUAUAUUCCAUACUUACCGAUGCCGCCACAGCGCCAUGCAGAAUAUGUGUAUUUUGCAAUAAACAAGAUUCCACCACAGCAAAGAGUGUAGAAGUUAUCAAGACUUCCUUGGAAAAGGAAUUAAAUUUAGUACGUGACACACGCAGUCGUAAACUGCAAUCCACCUCAGAUGAUGAUGCCAGCAAACCCUUAUAUUUGGGUAAACCAGGCAAAGAGUUUGAAUGGUCCCACCUGCAACAGAACAUACAAUUCUAUGAAGGUUCAGCAAAGGAUGGUGAAUUCAGUGACUUAAAGGAAUGGAUUGAAAAGUUGUUGUAA